AGGUCAGGCUUAUAAACUCUGUGAUACACUUUUGCUUUUACUUUUGAUCAAGCUAGAAAGCUUUCAGAGAAGAAGGGAAGGAAUGCCUUGAGAUGGGGAAGAAGAAUUUUAGCAAGUUGGAGAUAAUCCUCUCUUUUCUGCUCUUCAUAUUAUUCAUCAUCUCUGUUGCUCUGAUUGUGAUUUUAGCUACAAAUACUUCAAGUGUGAAUGAUGGCUCAUUUGUUAACACUACUUCAAGUCCUCAGACAACAAUAGCCUCUUCAAUUGUGAAUUCUACUACCACCUCCCAAACUACCACAAUUGCAGCAGAAUGCCCUGCAGCAAACCAAUCAGAAAGGAUCAACUGCAUCCCAGAUCAAACACCAACACAGACUACGUGUUCCCAGCGUGGCUGCUGCUGGAGCCCCCAAGGACCAGAAAAUAUACCCUUGUGCUACUUCCCCAAGAAGUAUGGCUAUCAGAUAAGAAAUAGUACAUACUCCAGGACAGGGUUCACUGCUCAUUUGAACAGAUUGCCUACCCCAUCGAUGUUUGGAAAUGAUAUUGCCAAUGUCAUCCUUACAGCAGAAUACCAGACAGCCAACCGUUUCCACUUCAAGAUCAGUGACCCCAGUGAAGCCAGAUAUGAGGUACCUCAUGAACACGUCCAACUGUUUCCUGGAAAUGCAACUUCUAAUUUGAACUAUCAUGUGGAUUGUGUUGAGGAGCCAUUUAGCAUCAAAGUUACCCGGAAAAGCAACAAUCGUGUUUUAUUUGACACUGGUAUUGGACCCCUCCAGUUUGCUCAGCAAUACUUGCAGCUCUCUAUCCAGUUACCAAGUGCUAAUGUGUAUGGCUUAGGGGAGCAUGUACACCAGCAAUAUCGUCAUGACAUGGACUGGAAGACUUGGCCCAUCUUCUCUCGGGAUACUACUCCUAAUGAAGACAUGACUAACUUGUAUGGUGCUCAAACAUUUUUCUUGUGCCUUGAAGAUACAAGUGGAGCAUCCUUUGGGGUUUUUCUGAUGAACAGCAAUGCCAUGGAGGUUACCCUUCAACCUGCCCCAGCAAUCACUUACCGAGUCAUUGGGGGUGUUCUGGAUUUUUAUGUCUUCUUAGGGAACACUCCAGAAGAGGUUGUUCGGGAAUAUUUAGAGCUCAUUGGAAGGCCAUUCUUGCCAUCUUACUGGAGUCUUGGAUUUCAUCUCAGUCGCUGGGUAUAUGGAGGUUUGGAUGGGAUGAAGAAAGUCGUAGAGAGAAACCGAGCUGCUCAACUUCCCUGUGAUGUUCAGUACUCUGAUAUUGACUACAUGGAUGAAAAGAAGGACUUCACUUAUGAUAAAGUACUAUUUAAUGGACUUCCUGAGUUUGUUGAGGAUUUACACAACCAUGGACAGAAAUAUGUAAUUAUUAUGGAUCCAGCCAUUUUCAUUAACUCUUCCAACUAUGGUCCUUACAUUCGGGGCUCAGACAUGAAGAUAUGGGUCAAUGCAUCAGAUGGAGUGACGCCACUAAUUGGGAUGGUGUGGCCAGGCCAGACCGUCUUUCCUGACUAUACCAAUCCGAAGUGCGCUCAGUGGUGGGCAGAGGAGUUCAGACUCUUCUACAGGGAGUUAAAGUUUGAUGGAAUCUGGAUUGAUAUGAAUGAACCCUCCAACUUUGAAAAUGGUUCAUCUAUAGGAUGCUCACAUAAUACCCUGAACUCUCCCCCAUUCAUUCCUAGAAUACUGGACAGAUACCUGCCUUCCAAGACCCUUUGCAUGGAUGCAGUACAGCACUGGGGCAAACAUUACGAUGUCCACAGUCUGUAUGGCUACUCAAUGGCCAUUGCAACUGAAGAAGCUGUAAAAACUGUCUUCCCUAAUAAAAGAAGCUUUAUUGUGACACGCUCUACCUUUGCUGGAUCGGGCAAAUUUGCAGCCCAUUGGCUGGGGGACAACGCAGCCACUUGGAAUGACCUUCGUUGGUCUCUACCUGGCAUGCUCGAAUUCAACCUGUUUGGUAUUCCUAUGGUUGGCCCUGACAUCUGUGGUUUUACCUAUAAUGUCUCAGAAGAACUAUGCAGGCGGUGGAUGCAGCUUGGGGCAUUUUAUCCAUUUUCCAGGAAUCACAACGGUGAAGGCUACAAGGACCAGGAUCCUGCUGCAUUUGGAAAAGAUUCCCUUCUUUUGAAUUCCUCCAGACACUACCUGAACAUCCGCUAUACUCUGCUCCCCUAUCUCUACACCCUUUUUUUCCGAGCUCACACUCGGGGGGACACUGUAGCCCGGCCCCUUCUUCAUGAGUUCUAUGAAGAUAGUAACACCUGGGCUGUGUAUCGGCAGUUUCUGUGGGGUCCUGGGCUUCUCAUUACUCCUGUUCUGGAUGAGGGUGCUAAGAAUGUGACAGCAUACCUGCCUGAUGCUGUCUGGUAUGACUAUGAAACUGGAGGCCAAAUACCAGAGAGAAAACAACAGGUGGAAAUGCUAUUCUCACCAGAACAAAUUGGACUCCAUCUUCGAGGUGGCUAUAUUUUCCCCAUCCAGCAACCAGCCAUAACCACAGUAGCCAGCCGAAAGAAUCCUCUUGGUCUCAUCAUUGCCCCUGAUGACAAUAAGGAAGCUAGAGGAGAGCUUUUUUGGGAUGAUGGGGAAACUAAAGGUACAAUAGCUAGUGGUUCCUACAUCUUGCAUGAGUUUUUGUUCACCCAAAACCGUUUGGAUAUGAAGGUUUUGCAUCAAUCCUACAAUGAUCCAAAUAAUUUAGCAUUUGAAGAGAUUAAAAUCCUCGGGACAGAAGAACCUACCAACAUCACUGUGAAGAAGAAUAAUGUCCCCAUUGCAUCUUCUCCUAAUGUCACUUACUUUGAAAAGGACCGGGUUGCUAUGAUCUCAGGACUUGAACUUGCCCUGGGAGAAGAAUACACUGUGGAAUGGAGUAUAAAAUUCAGAGAGGUCAUCAAAAUAGACUGUUAUCCUGAGGACCAGGCAGUCUCUGAAGAAAAUUGCACAGCGCGUGGCUGUGCCUGGGAGUUAUCUAAUUCUCCAGGAGUCCCUAACUGCUAUGUCAUCAAUCACCUAUAUUCUGUCAGUAGCAUUCAGUACAACCCAACAGGGAUCACUGCAGAUAUCUUCUUAAAUUCACCUGUGCGUGCUUCCAACCUGCUCUCUGCUGGGCUCUCUACUCCUGUGAACCCUCUCCGCUUGGAUGUCACCUACCAUAAGAAUGAUAUGCUGCAGUUUAAGAUCUAUGCUGCCAAUAGCAAAAGGUUUGAGGUCCCCGUGCCUCUCAACAUCCCCAGCUCUCCCUCUAGCACCGCUGAGAAUCGGCUUUAUGAAGUUCUCAUAAAGAGGGAUCCCUUUGGGAUUGAGAUCCGACGUCGGAGCACAGGCACAAUAAUUUGGGAUUCACAGAUUCCUGGCUUCACCUUUAAUGACAUGUUCCUGCGAAUCUCUACCCGCCUCCCAUCCCAGUAUGUCUAUGGCUUUGGGGAGACAGAACACACCACCUUCCGGAGAAACUUGACCUGGCAUACGUGGGGAAUGUUUAGUCGAGACCAACCCCCAGAAUACAAGAAGAAUUCCUAUGGUGUACAUCCCUAUUAUAUGGGUCUGGAGGAUGAUGGCAAAGCGCAUGGAGUGCUACUACUCAAUAGCAAUGCCAUGGAUGUGACUUUUCAGCCCACUCCUGCACUGACAUAUCGCACCACUGGGGGAAUUCUGGACUUCUAUAUGGUUUUGGGACCAACCCCAGAACUCGUCACUCAGCAGUACACAGAGUUGGUUGGGCGGCCAGUGAUGACACCUUACUGGGCCUUAGGGUUCCAGCUUUGUCGUUAUGGAUACCAAAAUGAUGCUGAAAUUGCUGAACUUUAUGAUGCUAUGGUGGCAGCCCAGAUCCCUUACGAUAUACAGUAUUCAGACAUUGAUUACAUGGAACGGCAGUUAGACUUCGUCCUCAGCUCCAAGUUUGCUGGCUUUCCUGAUCUGAUCAAUCGAAUGAAGGAAGCUGGGAUGAGAGUCAUCCUGAUUCUGGACCCGGCCAUUUCUGGCAAUGAGACCCAGCCAUAUCCUCCAUUCCUUCGGGGGGUCGAGGAUGAUGUGUUCAUUAAAUGGCCAGAUGACAAUGGAAUUGUUUGGGGAAAGGUCUGGCCAGAUUUGCCCAAUGUCACUGUUAAUACAUCUCUUGAUUGGGACACUCAAGUGGAGUUAUACAGAGCUCAUGUUGCCUUCCCAGACUUUUUCCGUAAUUCAACAGUCAAGUGGUGGAAGCGGGAAUUGCUGGAACUCUACAACAAUCCCCAGGAGCCAGAGAAGAGUCUGAAGUAUGAUGGACUGUGGAUUGACAUGAAUGAACCGUCAAGCUUUGUGAAUGGAGCAGUUUCUCCAGGUUGCAGGAAUACCACACUCAACCACCCUCCCUAUAUGCCCUAUUUGGAGGCAAGAGAUAGAGGUCUGAGCAGCAAAACCCUGUGCAUGGAAAGUCAGCAAUUCCUGCCUGAUGGAAGUCCAGUGACACACUAUGAUGUGCAUAAUCUCUAUGGCUGGUCCCAGACGAAGCCGACAUAUGAAGGAGUUCAGGAGGCUACAGGAAAGAGAGGAAUUGUGAUCAGUCGCUCAACUUUCCCUUCUUCUGGACGCUGGGCAGGACACUGGCUGGGAGACAACAAAUCAACAUGGGACCAACUCUAUAAGUCCAUCAUUGGCAUGAUGGAGUUCAGUCUCUUUGGAAUAUCCUAUACAGGAGCUGAUAUUUGUGGGUUCUUUCAAGAUGCUGAAUAUGAAAUGUGUGCUCGAUGGAUGCAACUGGGAGCCUUUUACCCAUUCUCUAGGAACCACAAUGCUCUUGGGACCAAGAGGCAGGACCCAGUGGCUUGGAAUUCUACCUUUGAGGAUCUCUCAAGAAGUGUCCUUAAGACAAGAUAUACCCUCUUGCCAUAUCUCUACACCCUCAUGCACAAGGCUCAUGUUGAAGGCAGCACAGUUGUCCGACCCCUUCUCCAUGAGUUUAUAGAAGACAAAGAAACCUGGGACAUUUUCCUUCAGUUCUUGUGGGGACCAGCCUUCCUAGUCAGUCCUGUCCUCGAACCUAAUUCCAGGCAAGUGUCUGCCUACUUCCCCAGAGCUCGUUGGUAUGAUUACUACUCGGGCUCAGAUAUUGGAGUGAGGGGACAGUGGAAGGAUCUGUCAGCUCCUCUUGACCACAUCAAUCUCCAUAUUCGUGGAGGCUACAUCCUUCCAUGGCAAGAACCUGCUAAUAAUACUCAUUAUAGCCGGAGAAACUCCUUGGGUCUUCUUGUGGCUUUAUCAGAUAAUGGAACAGCUGAAGGAGAGUUUUUCUGGGAUGAUGGAGAGAGUAUUGAUACCUAUGAAAAGGGGAAUUACUAUUUCUCAACAUUCUCUGCCAGUGAGAAACACCUGGAUGUGAAGGUUUUUCAGCAGAAUUACCAAGAUCCAAAUCACCUGGCAUUUAAAGAGAUAAAAAUCUUUGGACUGAAUUUCCAGCCAUUUCUAGUUACUGUGAAAGAGAAUAAUAUUCCAAUCCAGUCUGAUGCUGAGAUAAAGUAUGAUCCUGCAACAAAGGUCACUCACAUCACUAGACUUAACCUUGAGCUGGGGAAAGAGUAUACAGUGGAGUGGUCCACAAAGUUCAGAGACACAGAAAAAUUUGACUGCUACCCAGAUGCAGAUGGUGCUCAGGAAGAGAAAUGUAAAUUACGUGACUGUGUCUGGGAGCCAACCAAUUCUACAGGAGUCCCCUUUUGCUACAUCACUAAGUAUUAUUAUACUGCCAGUAACAUUCAGAAUACAGGAGUGGGCCUAACAGCAGACAUCUCCCGAAAUGCAGAAGUCAAUCACUAUCCUUCCACACCCAUUAACCAGCUCCGAUUGGAUGUGACAUUCCAUAAAAAUCACAUGCUACAGUUUAAGAUCUAUGAUGCCAACAACAAGAGAUAUGAAGUCCCAGUGCCCUUAAAUACUCCAAACUCCCCCACCAGUCAACCUGAAAAUCGUCUCUAUGAGGUGACCAUCAAGGAAAACCCAUUUGGAAUUGAGAUCCGCCGAAAAAGCACGGGCACUGUGAUCUGGGAUUCCCAGGUCCCUGGCUUUACCUUUAAUGAUAUGUUCCUACGAAUCUCCACCCGCCUCCCAUCACACUACAUCUAUGGCUUUGGAGAAACAGAGCACACGACCUUCAGGAGGGAUCUAAACUGGCACACUUGGGGAAUGUUUUCUCGAGACCAGCCUCCAGGCUACAAGAAGAAUUCCUAUGGUGUACACCCAUAUUACAUGGGUCUGGAAGAGGACAGCAAUGCCCAUGGAGUGCUCCUGCUCAACAGCAAUGCCAUGGAUGUAACUUUCCAACCAACCCCUGCACUCACAUAUCGGACCAUCGGAGGUAUUCUGGACUUUUACAUGGUUUUGGGACCUACCCCAGAGCUCGUUACUCAGCAGUACACAGAGUUGAUUGGCCGGCCAGUGAUGACUCCUUACUGGGCCUUAGGAUUCCAGCUGUGUCGUUAUGGAUACGAGAAUGAUAAUGAAAUUGCCGAACUCUACGAUGCCAUGGUGGCUGCUCAGAUCCCCUAUGAUGUGCAGUACUCAGACAUUGAUUACAUGGAGAGGCAGCUAGAUUUUACCCUCAGUCCCAAGUUUGCUGGCUUUCCUGAUCUAAUCAGUCGAAUGAAGGAUGCUGGGAUGCGAGUCAUCCUCAUUCUGGACCCGGCUAUUUCUGGCAACGAGACCAAGCCAUAUCCUGCCUUCACUCAGGGAGUCCAGCAAGAUGUGUUCAUUAAAUGGCCUAAUGAAGACAGCAUAGUUUGGGGAAAGGUCUGGCCAGAUUUGCCCAAUGUCACUAUCAAUGGAUCUCUUGACUGGGACACCCAAGUAGAGUUAUACAGAGCUCACGUUGCCUUCCCAGACUUUUUCCGUAAUUCAACAGUCCAGUGGUGGAAGCAGGAAUUGAGGGAACUGCACACCAAUUCCCGGGAGCCAGAGAAGAGCUUGAAGUUUGAUGGAAUGUGGAUUGACAUGAAUGAACCAUCAAGCUUUGUGAAUGGGGCAGUUCCUCCAGGCUGCAGGAAUGACACACUCAAUCAUCCUCCUUACAUGCCCCAUCUGGAGUCAAGAGACAGAGGGCUGAGCAGUAAGACCCUGUGCAUGGAAAGUCAGCAGAUCCUGCCUGAUGGAAGUCCAGUGAGGCACUACGAUGUGCACAAUCUCUAUGGCUGGUCCCAGACAAAGCCCACAUAUGAAGGUGUGCAGGAGGCUACAGGAAAGCGAGGAAUUGUGAUCAGUCGUUCAACAUUUCCUUCUUCAGGACGCUGGGCAGGACAUUGGUUGGGAGACAACACAGCAGCCUGGGAUCAGAUGUAUAAAUCCAUCAUUGGUAUGAUGGAGUUCAGUCUUUUUGGAAUAUCCUAUACAGGAGCUGAUAUCUGUGGGUUCUUUCAAGAUGCUGAAUAUGAGAUGUGUGCUCGCUGGACACAACUGGGAGCCUUUUACCCUUUCUCUAGGAACCACAAUACCAUUGGGCCUAGGAGACAAGACCCCGUAUCUUGGAAUUCCACCUUUGAAGAUCUUUCAAGAGAUGUCCUAAAUAUAAGAUACACUCUGUUGCCUUAUCUCUACACUCUGAUGCAUAAGGCCAACGUAGAAGGCAGCACUGUUGUCCGGCCCCUCCUUCAUGAAUUUGUUGAAGACAAAGAAACUUGGGACUUAUUCCAUCAAUUCUUGUGGGGUCCAGCCUUCUUAAUCAGCCCUGUCCUGGAACACAAUGCCCGGAAUGUGAAUGCCUACUUCCCCAAUGCCCGCUGGUAUGAUUACUACACGGGCUCAGAUAUUGGAGUGAGGGGACAGUGGAAGGAUCUGUCAGCUCCUCUUGACUACAUCAAUCUCCAUAUUCGUGGAGGCUACAUCCUUCCAUGGCAAGAACCUGCUAAUAAUACUCAUUAUAGCCGGAGAAACUCCUUGGGUCUUCUUGUGGCUUUAUCGGAUAAUGGAACAGCUGAAGGAGAGUUUUUCUGGGAUGAUGGAGAGAGCAUUGAUACCUAUGAAAAGGGGAAUUACUAUUUCUCAACAUUCUCUGCCAGUGAGAAACACCUGGAUGUGAAGGUUUUUCAGCAGAAUUACCAAGAUCCAAAUAACCUGGCAUUUAAAGAGAUCAAAAUCUUUGGACUGAAUUUCCAGCCACUUCUAGUUACUGUGAAAGAGAAUAAUAUUCCAAUCCAGUCUGAUGCUGAGAUAAAGUAUAAUCCUGCAACAAAGGUCACUCACAUCACUAGACUUAACCUUGAGCUGGGGAAAGAGUAUACAGUGGAGUGGUCCACAAAGUUCAGAGACACAGAAAAAUUUGACUGCUACCCAGAUGCAGAUGGUGCCCAGGAAGAGAAAUGUAAAUUACGUGACUGUGUCUGGGAGCCAACCAAUUCUACAGGAGUCCCCUUUUGCUACAUCACUAAGUAUUAUUAUACUGCCAGUAACAUUCAGAAUACAGGAGUGGGCCUAACAGCAGACAUCUCCCGAAAUGCAGAAGUCAAUCACUAUCCUUCCACACCCAUUAACCAGCUCCGAUUGGAUGUGACAUUCCAUAAAAAUCACAUGCUACAGUUUAAGAUCUAUGAUGCCAACAACAAGAGAUAUGAAGUCCCAGUGCCCUUAAAUACUCCAAACUCCCCCACCAGUCAACCUGAAAAUCGUCUCUAUGAGGUGGCCAUCAAGGAAAACCCAUUUGGAAUUGAGAUCCGCCGAAAAAGCACGGGCACUGUGAUCUGGGAUUCCCAGGUCCCUGGCUUUACCUUUAAUGAUAUGUUCCUACGAAUCUCCACCCGCCUCCCAUCACACUACAUCUAUGGCUUUGGAGAAACAGAGCACACGACCUUCAGGAGGGAUCUAAACUGGCACACUUGGGGAAUGUUUUCUCGAGACCAGCCUCCAGGCUACAAGAAGAAUUCCUAUGGUGUACACCCAUAUUACAUGGGUCUGGAAGAGGACAGCAAUGCCCAUGGAGUGCUCCUGCUCAACAGCAAUGCCAUGGAUGUAACUUUCCAACCAACCCCUGCACUCACAUAUCGGACCAUCGGAGGUAUUCUGGACUUUUACAUGGUUUUGGGACCUACCCCAGAGCUCGUUACUCAGCAGUACACAGAGUUGAUUGGCCGGCCAGUGAUGACUCCUUACUGGGCCUUAGGAUUCCAGCUGUGUCGUUAUGGAUACGAGAAUGAUAAUGAAAUUGCUGAACUCUACGAUGCCAUGGUGGCUGCUCAGAUCCCCUAUGAUGUGCAGUACUCAGACAUUGAUUACAUGGAGAGGCAGCUAGAUUUUACCCUCAGUCCCAAGUUUGCUGGCUUUCCUGAUCUAAUCAGUCGAAUGAAGGGUGCUGGGAUGCGAGUCAUCCUCAUUCUGGACCCGGCUAUUUCUGGCAACGAGACCAAGCCAUAUCCUGCCUUCACUCAGGGAGUCCAGCAAGAUGUGUUCAUUAAAUGGCCCGAUGAAGACAGCAUAGUUUGGGGAAAGGUCUGGCCAGAUUUGCCCAAUGUCACUAUCAAUGGAUCUCUUGACUGGGACACCCAAGUAGAGUUAUACAGAGCUCACGUUGCCUUCCCAGACUUUUUCCGUAAUUCAACAGUCCAGUGGUGGAAGAAGGAAUUGAGAGAACUGCACAACAAUUCCCGGGAGCCAGAGAAGAGCUUGAAGUUUGAUGGAAUGUGGAUUGACAUGAAUGAACCAUCAAGCUUUGUGAAUGGGGCAGUUCCUCCAGGCUGCAGGAAUGACACACUCAAUCAUCCUCCUUACAUGCCUCAUCUGGAGUCAAGAGACAGAGGGCUGAGCAGUAAGACCCUGUGCAUGGAAAGUCAGCAGAUCCUGCCUGAUGGAAGUCCAGUGAGGCACUACGAUGUGCACAAUCUCUAUGGCUGGUCCCAGACAAAGCCCACAUAUGAAGGUGUGCAGGAGGCUACAGGAAAGCGAGGAAUUGUGAUCAGUCGUUCAACGUUUCCUUCUUCAGGACGCUGGGCAGGACAUUGGUUGGGAGACAACACAGCAGCUUGGGAUCAGAUGUAUAAAUCCAUCAUUGGUAUGAUGGAGUUCAGUCUUUUUGGAAUAUCCUAUACAGGAGCUGAUAUCUGUGGGUUCUUUCAAGAUGCUGAAUAUGAGAUGUGUGCUCGCUGGACACAACUGGGAGCCUUUUACCCUUUCUCUAGGAACCACAAUACCAUUGGGCCUAGGAGACAAGACCCCGUAUCUUGGAAUUCCACCUUUGAAGAUCUUUCAAGAGAUGUCCUAAAUAUAAGAUACACUCUGUUGCCUUAUCUCUACACCCUGAUGCAUAAGGCCAAUGUAGAAGGCAGCACUGUUGUCCGGCCUCUCCUUCAUGAAUUUGUUGAAGACAAAGAAACUUGGGACUUAUUCCGUCAAUUCUUGUGGGGUCCAGCCUUCUUAAUCAGCCCUGUCCUGGAACACAAUGCCCGGAAUGUGAAUGCCUACUUCCCCAAUGCCCGCUGGUAUGAUUACUACACGGGAGAAGAUAUAGGAGUAAGGAAACAAUAUAAGGAAUUAUCAGCUCCUCUUGACCACAUUAAUCUUCAUGUCCGUGGGGGCUACAUCCUUCCCUGGCAAGAACCUGCCAUUAAUACCCGGUACAGCCGAGAAAAAUUCAUGGGUCUCACAGUUGCUUUGGAUGAUGAAGGAAAUGCUAAAGGUUGUCUCUUCUGGGAUGAUGGAGAAAGCAUCAAUACAUAUGAAAAUGGAGACUAUUACUUUGCAAACUUUUCUGCUAGACCGAACAAUUUGGAGCACCACAUCAUUCACAACAAAUACAUAGUAGCUACAAAACCGUUGUGGCUCGGCUUUAUUCAUAUAUGGGGAUUAAGCAUUGAUUCUAUUACCAACGUCACUGUUGCUCAAAAGGAACAUGUUUUAACCAUAGACAAUUUUCAACAUGACCAAGCAAGACAGAUACUUGCAGUGAACUUGACUGCACACCAGAUAACAUUGGGGCAUCCCUUUGUGGUGACAUGGUGAAGUUUCCAAUGGCCCUUUGAAGCAAGAUCCUGAACAGUUACUAGAAGGCCUUUAUGGACUCUUGUAAUUAAUACGUUUGCAGAUCACUGUUGUAUGUUCUAAGCCUCCACUGAACUGGACCAUGACUAAUUAAAAAAAGUUAUUGCAUUUAAUUUGGAUUUUAUCAGUAACCUUUUAUGCUUUGAAUCCUCAAUGACAAGGCACGGUCAGAAUGCUUUUUGUUUCUGUAUGAUUGAGCAGUUACAGAAGUCUCAUUACUGUUAUUCAACAUUUGCUAAAGACAAGCUGUGGCUAAAGGUGAGUAUAGGGCCCAGAAUGACCUCCCCUUGACUGGCCAAAGAUGUGUUGGACCUUGUAAGAGCUUUGGUGCAACUUUUAGAUUAUUUGCUUAAAGCUUCACUAUGACUUUGGGGGACACCCUUUGUAGGUAGCGAGGUGAUACAGUGGAUGAGGUACUGGGGUUGGAGUUAGGAAAAACUCUUGUUCCAAUUCUGCCUCAGAUAUUUUUUAGCUGCGUGAUCCUGGGCAAGUCACGUAACCUCAUCUGUAAAAUGGGGAUAAUAAUAGCACCUACCUCACAGAUUGUUAAGCAUUAAGUGAGAGGAACAUGUAAGACAUUUUGGUUUCAUAAAUGUAAAGUACUUUUAAAGUUGUAGUUAUUAUUAUCAUUGUGCAAAUCUUGGCCCAGGAAAGCUUUAAAAAGUCCAGGAGAUCACUGAGGAUGGUAGGAGUUCUGGUGUUUGUUAGGGGAGGAGAGAAUGGAGAUAGAGAAUGUGAUAGGGCAAGGGAAAGGGGGAAAAUAGUUAGUGAAGAAGAUGAGGAGUGCUAGAGGGCUUGGGAAGGGAAAGAGGAGUAGAAUUGAUGAUUAAGGCUGAUGGACAGAUAAAUAGAGUGGGGGUCGUGCCACUGAAAGAAGGAAAGAGUCAGAUUGUGGCAAUUUGUAGAAUGUAAUGACAGGCAAUGGAAGUCAGUAUGAAUGCUGUAUGGGAUUUAUUUUUGCAACAAUGUACUUAGAAAUGUUUAAGUUAUAUAUCUUCGGUACUACUGCUCUAAAGUAUAUUACACACUUGUCUGUGAGUCAUUUCUACUUCUUCUGAUUUCUCAUUUUGGAUUAGCUUUUAUUGUAUUCAUUUGCUUUCAUUUUCUAAUUUUUUUUGCAAACUCAAAUACUUAAAUUUAUUUUUGUUCUCUUGUAAAUAUGUUUUCAGCAAUAAAAGUUUGACUAUUA